UAGAGUUUGGUCCUUCUUGGAGAAGAAGAAGCAGCAUAACGUUCAGCAAUAUAAGCAGAGUAGAAGACACAACCAUUUGUGCACAGCCAAGGGAGAACAAGCUAGAAAGCAAACCAAAGAUGUCUCCACCGGUAAAGCUCAUCGGCGCAUUCGGCAGCCCAUUUGUGCACCGCGCUGAGGCGGCCCUUCGGCUCAAGGGCGUGCCUUACGAGCUCAUCCAAGAGGACAUGAAAAACAAGAGCGAGCUGCUGCUGCAGCACAACCCCAUCCACAAGAAGGUGCCCGUGCUCCUGCACGGUGAUCGCGCCGUCUGCGAGUCCCUCCUCAUCGUGGAGUACGUCGACGAGGCCUUCGACGGGCCGCCCCUCCUGCCCAGCGACCCCAUCGGCCGCGCCACCGCACGUUUCUGGGCUCAUUUCAUGGAUCAGAAGUUGCGGAGGCCGUUGGUUCUGUCGUUCUGCACGGAGGGCGAGAUGCAGGAGGGGUUCAUCAAGGAGACGAAGGAGAACCUGGCGCUCCUGGAGGCGCAAAUUGAUGGCAAGAGGUUCUUCGGAGGCGACUCGAUCGGCUACUUGGACAUAGCCCUCAGUGGAAUAUCUCACUGGAUGGGUGUGUUCGAGGAGGUGGCCGGCGUGAGCUUCAUGGGAGACGAGUACCCUGCUCUCCACCGCUGGGCCAAGGAGUACACUUCCGACGAAGCUGUGAAGCAGUGCUUGCCGAACAGGGAGCACCUCAGAGACCACUUCGCUGCAAAGAGAGACAAGAUCAAAAUGGUGGCCAUGGCGAUGCCGCAGCAGUAAUCUCGGUGUCGUGUUUAGGUGGGGUAGCGGUCAUGCUGGUGUAAUGGUGUUGCUUGAAUAAAAUGGUAGUGGACUGAUGAUUUGCUGGCUAGGGAUAUGUUGUCAUGCAUGUGUUGCGGACUUGUGGCCCUUAUCAGUGUAUUUCAAAAUUCAGAGAAUGAAUGUACACGCACAUAUUUUGGCACA